CUAAGAAUGUAAACAAGAUGGCGUAGGUUGCUAGUCGGAAGUUCUUCAAAUAGACUGCAAAUUCACUCAUCUGCAGUGGUUAGAGAAACAUUUUAACUUUGAAAAGCGUGAUACUUAAAGAGGAGAGCAAAAUGUCCACCCUUCCAAUGCAAGACAGGAGUAAUUCAGAGAAGAACAUGAACGGUAAGACAGCGACUGUGGGGGGAUGUGAGCUGUAGCUUUAGGGCCGGGCUGAGUCUAUUUAAAGCAGUUGUGCCGUUGGCUUUCAUCUUCUUUCGGCACUGCAUAUUCGUCUUAGCUUUCCAAGUUAACUAUCUUGAGUCGGUGGACGAUAAAGUGUCGGAAGAAAAUUUGAGUGAACAUGGUUCCUUAUAUCAAGAUGUCGAUCAAUGUAACGCUUUUUCAUGCCAUGUACCAUUAAGCAAACAGUACUUCAGUCAGAAAUCAAUUGAGUAUCAAUAAAGUUUGAUGUAGUUUGUAGUCUAUAAGUACUGGGGCAACGUUUAAGUCCGUCUACCUCAUGCCUUCAUUACUCUGGGCGGUGCGUACUUUCUUCUCGGUUCUUUCAUAUUUUUUUUCGUUUUCUUCGAUGUUCUAAAUCUUUAAUGAACAGAUUCUUCUUUUCAAAAUUUUUGCUUCUUGUGAAUAAAUAUUUGCAUUUACUUAAGGUACUUAAUUUAUUUUUUUUCGUGAGACAUGUUUAUGUAGACGUGAACCUGAUAAUGCUACUGGUUAAUUGUUAUUUUUAAAGAACCGUAAAUUAUGAUCUCUCGUUUCAUGUCUGUAUUUGGAUACCGCAUAUUUUAUUUGUGUUAACGUUGAAUUGCUUGGGGUAGAAACUGUGAUUUGGUUACUUCAAGAGUUUUGCAAAAGAGCAUCUGUAGCUGUUGGUAAAACUAGCUGAUUGAUGCUUCUUAAACGCAGCAGGAAGCUGUGAUGUUAAGGGUUUGGAAUGUGAAUGAUUUUACUGUAACUUCAAAUUCAUUUUCUUGCGGGAAGUGUGGGAGGGGUGAUCAAUUAAAAAGAGACCAAAAAUGAAAAAAAGGACUUUUGGAAAUGGAUUGAAGUUGCUUUGAGCAUUUCAUUAACCUUUUUUUACCUUCUGUCUACUCUGUAUUUUUUUUUGUGUUUUAUUGGCUUUGAUGUGGAUAUUAAUAUUAUUAAUACAUAUCAUUUUUUUAUUGUUGUUACUGAGUUGGAGGACAGAUAGAGAAAAAGGCAUUAUGAGCCAGUUCUGUUCCAUAUCAAUUCAAAAAUUUAUGUUUACAAUAAAAAAGCUGUCUGCUUAAUUUCUCUAUUUAUAUGAAGAAAUUUUGUAUUAGGUUAGAGUAACAAAGUGAGGUUAGUGCUUCUGUAUGAAGCUUAAUAAAAGUUCAUUUUGAUUCUUAAGCAGUGGUAAAUAUGUUGAGUAACCUUACAUUUAAUUGGUACAUAAUAAAAAAAUACAGUACCUGGUGCCUGAAAUGUUGUAUGUUUUAUUGUACCAUUUGGCCAAAUUUUCAAUUUUUUUAUUUUGAAAUUAUUUUUCAUGGCUUUCCUGUAUUAAUGUAGAUGCUUGUUUCAUUUGAUUUUAGGUUUAACACCCAAGGAGAUAGCUCUCCUCUCUGGCAUAAGAAAAAGAAAAUCAGAGUUGUUGAUUGCAAUUCAGGUACAAUACAGAUGAGAUGCCUUUUUACAUUAUGCUGAAUACCUGAUAUUAAUUUUAUUAAGUACAAACUUUACUUGUGUGGCAGUCAAGAUUAAAGUGUCCUUCAACAGGUAUAAAAAUACCAGAGUGGAAAACAAGACUGAGGAUGCUGAAGGAUAAAAAAAAAUCUAGAUAGCUUAAACUCGUGAAUAAUGAAAAAUAACUUUUUAGGGUGAAAAAAAUGAGUUGUAUCCAUUUCCUCUUUUACCAUUUAUCUCUUGUUUCUUUCAUCAUAAAAAAAUUUUUUUUGUAGAUCAAAUAACUUCUUAUUAAUUUUUGGAGCCAGAUUUAAUUUAAAUGUCCAUUUAAUUUAGUCUUCUGUUUAUGAUACAAAUAUUUUUACACUGUCAAUUUCAAAGCUGAGCUUUGACCCAGUCAGUGCUAUAUUAAAUAAAAUGUCUUAAAUUACAUAAUUACAUGUCACGUCAUUUAAAGAUUUUUAGCACAGAUAUUUGCAGAAAAAGUCUCUCCUCACACAAUUAUUUUGCUAAAAUUUUUACUGAUCUGAGGUUUUUGUGUAUUUGAAAUACUGUUUACCCACAAAUGAAGGGGUACUCAUCAAACCAUCAGUUCACAAGUUAGUUGACAUUACAGUAUUUAUACAGCAAAAUAUUCUUAUUGCUCAAUUUGCUAUUUUUUGCCUUGAACUUGGUUGUAGUAAUUGAGAUUUUACAGCUGUUUAGCUUUGAUAGGAUUGCAUAAGUAGUGUAGGUGUAUGACUGAUUUAACAAUAUUUUGAUCAAAUUAUCUUUAUUAGAGAGUUGAGAAGAUUCUUGUACCUUGAGUUAGACGUUGACCUUGAUUUUACUUUGUAACUUACAAGAUGUUAAUGUCAAGAAUAUUCUUGUUUUUAAAGUUUCUUUUUCUGAUUUUAGCGACUGAAAGAUGAAAUAGCUGAAGUUUCAUCAGAAAUGGAAACUAUUGAACAACGCGACAAUAGGUAAUUGAAAAUAAAAUAUUUCAAUGUGUUUUGAGCAGAUGGUUUCUGUAAAGGUUGUACAGCAAUAAAUGACUUAAAUAUAUACAUGUUAACAUUGUACAGCUUGUGAGAUGAACAAUUUGAUGUCACUUACUAUAAUUUAAUAUAGAUAUCAUAGGUUUAUAGACACAAGUUGGGAUUACGAUACACCUCAAUUAUAAUGAUAAUAAAGUGAAAGCUUUCUGCAUAGAGAAGCCACCUUCUUCAAGCAGCUAUUUCAACUAAAAAAAAAUACCAAUUCUAAUUUCCUUGGGAAAGGACUACUGGCUUUGACCUAUGUAGGUUAACGCAACUUUUGUUAGCAAUUCUUAUAUUUUCUGCUCUGGGAGCUUAUCACCAAAUCAAACAAUAUUUUGCAGUUGGGAUAUUCUUCUUUCUUCUUAUUGCUUUAUUCCUUGAGAAUGUCUUAACAUUGUAAGCAGAAUUCAUUUUUGGUCUCUCAUGGAAGUGAUGAGGUGAAGGAGGUGAACCAACUGCAACAAAGGUAUCAUCCCCUUUGAUGAAAAGGCUUUGUUUCAUCCUUGCGUAAUCUUGUGCAGGCUGACAAACUUUAUAGCAAUCAUUCAAUUAUAAUUCAGACUCUGCAGGACAUGAUCUUCUCAUUUUAUUAUUAAUUUCUGUUAUGAACAGUACUAAGGAUGAUCCUCGAGCCAAACAAUUAUUAACUGGAAAGAAAAAGUUUAACAUUGAUCCAGAGAAGGUAUGUACUAUGGCAAGCACUCCAUGUUAUUUAUGCUGGAAAGACAAGAACUGUUCACUCCAGUUGCAUCACUUUAGCACCAUUGUGACUUUUUUUUGAUCAGCUGUUGAUAAAAAUGAUAUCAACUGAGAAGAUAAUGGGAACUUUAUUUCCAACUCUUCCUAUUACUUUUCUAUGGAGAAAGGAAUCAAACUGUUUUUUCUUUUAUACAAAUGCUUGCAGGGAAUAGAAUAUCUGGUAACCAACACUCUGCUCAAUUACACACCCGAAGACAUUGCUCACUUCCUUUUCAAUGAAGAAGGACUUAAUAAAACAAUGAUUGGAAACUAUCUUGGAGAAAAGUAAGUUAUUUACUCAGACACAUAGUUAGAGUUUGCCUAAGAGAUUAUUCAAAUGUAAAGACAGAGUUGAUGCCAAAGGCAUUUGGCCCCAUGCUUCUAGAACAGCAAAGUCUUGCAUAACAGUAAUUAUGAAAGAUACUGUUUAAUAGCAUCCAUGCCACUUGGUAGUAUACAACCAGAAUUUGGGAUGCAUGGAUGUAAGCCAUGUUUAAUUUUUCCUUAAAGGUUAUUGUUGGCAAUAAUUGCUAAAUAAUUCUUUUAUUAACCCUUUAACCCCUAACAGUGACCAGUUUCUAAUUUCUCCUUACACUAUCACCCCUGAAUCAAACAAUAAGGUCACGAGAAUUAAGGAAGUGAUCACCAACCUGUAAAGCUCUUGAUUUUUAGACAAAUUCUCUUUGUCAGCACUUCAGAAAAUGUAUAGAGGCAGUAUGGAGAAUAUGCAUACUGAUGUUAGGGUGUAAAGGGUUAAUUUCUCUCAUUCAUCAACCCUUCUCCUCCAAUAACAUAUCUGAGAUCUCCAUGAUAAUAGUGUGUAUUAUUCAGACAUGGUGUGAUCAUUUUCAAAACUUCCCCUGUCAGCAAAAUAGUGCUUACUUUGAUUAUUGAAUCAAUAUCAUUACACAGCAAAGAGUUUAACCUAGAAGUAUUCAGAAUCUUUGUUGAGCUUCACAAUUUUGAACGAAGAUUGUUGGUAGACGCCCUGAGGUGAGUCAGCUUGACAACUACAAUGUUUUACUUACUUCUGCUCAGAAAUUUGAGGUGAUCAGGAGCAUAGUUUGCAUAGCAGAUGGUUUUGAGGGUGAUUGACAAAAGUGAAGGCAGCAGAGCCAUGUUAAUGGAUGGCAGAACUUAAAAAAGAAACACACCUUGAUUCAGAAAAUAGAAACCUAGCAACCAAUCUGUCUCAGCAGACUCAUCAAAUGUGUUAAAUGCAAAACAUCACUGUCAGUGAGAGCUUCUGUUUUGAGGCCUUCAGUGGUCUCACAAAAUUAUCAAGCUGUAGUCUUUUGAAAUGGAUUUUAUGCCAUAAAGUUUAGUAUAACUGUAGUAACCAUAUAUGCACAGAAGUACAACUGAGACAAAUGUGUAACUCACACAAUUAGGGUCUACAAAAUUGUUGGCAAUGCUUUGUGUUGGCUACUCAUUUAAUACAAUAUCUUCUGUUAACAUCUUCAUCAUCAACCAGUGGUUGUUUUUAUCCCUGUAGAGAGUUCCUGUGGAGCUUCCGUCUACCUGGUGAAGCCCAGAAGAUUGACAGAAUGAUGGAAGCAUUUGCUAAGAGAUAUUGUGAUCAGAACCCAGAAAUGUUUACAUCAACUGGUGAGUUGAAUACAAAAGAUAAGUAAGUUAUAAUCAUUGCAUCUAAAAAAAAAACAUUUGGUUUCAAUCUACAGAUACUUGCUAUGUUUUGAGCUUCUCAAUCAUCUUAUUGAACACCAGUCUUCACAACCCAAGUGUCAAGGAUAAGGUUAGUGUAAUAAAAUUCUAGCAAGUGCUCAAGUUUUUACUCCAGAGUUUAGGGUCCUAUACAUUAGGCCACAACAUUUCCAGAAAAGUAUUAUUGUUAUUAUUAUUAUCUAUAUUCUGACAACUAUGAAGAAACAGUGUGAUUAAAAUUGUGCAGGUAACAUCAUUAAUCAGCUUAUUAUGUUUUGUAGCCUACGUUGGAGAAAUUUAUUCAAAUGAACAGAGGAAUCAACUGUGGAGAAGAUAUACCUUCGGACACCCUAGCGGUUGGUGAAUUAUUUUAAAUCCAGUAGAGAUUUACAUGUAAGAAAUGCUAGUCUGUUCUCUCAGUACUUUUUAUUGGAAAAUUGUUAACAUGUUGUUUAGAUCAAAAUAAAAUCUCCACUUCUUGAAUAAACUUGAAGAGCAGACAGAUAAGAAAUUAUAUUCUCUGGGUACAUGUCUGUGUAUUUCUGUCCCUGUUGGAAGGGUCCAUAGACUCUGGUCACUUAAAUUUUGCCUUCAAACCUAAUGUUUUUAGAUUGAAGUGUGCUUUGAGUUCUGUCGAGUACAUCAGUGAGAGUGUUUACAUAGGAUAAGACAACUGUCAUGCCUAAGUGGUUCUCAUUUGAGAAAAAGUUAUUCAAAUAAUCAAUAGUGUAUAUUGGAAAAUUACCACACUGUGAUUAGCCUUGAAAGGGUGGGAGGGGGGGGAGGAAGAGGAGUUGUUUUGUACUAGGCACUAAAUGUAUAGAGCUGCAUGUGUAUAGUUACAUUUGUUACUUUCUUUUGCUAUAAUUCUAGAGUUUAUAUGAGAGCAUAAAAAAUGAACAGUUCAAGAUCCCAGAAGACGAUGGAAAUGAUAUAACAAGAACAUUUUUCAAUCCUGAUAGGGAAGGCUGGCUUAUAAAGGAAGGUAAUGGCUUUUGUGUUUUUAUGAGUUUUUUUUUUUUACUUAACCACAAAAUUUGCAAAAUCUCACAAACAUAUUUUCAUAUUUGUCAAGGUGGAUUGCACAAAAGUUGGAGGAAACGGUACUUCAUCCUUAAAGAUAAUUGCCUCUAUUAUUUCAAGAAUAUAGGGGUAAGUUUUCUGUCUACCUCCCAAAACAUUACUUUGGUGUAUUAUAACCCUUUCAAUGAACUAUCAGAAAUGAUUGAUAAUUGUGUAAAUUCUUCUUGCAAUAUUGGUACAUUAUGCAGCAAACAUGUGGAUAGAAAAGACAAAGUCACCAACUAGGUGUUACCUUGAUAAAACACCAAGUUCUCCUUACUUAUUCAGAAGAAAAUACAUGUUAGGUGGAAAGGAGAAGUGACAAGUGCACUCAAGUACUUUGCUAUUUUUCAGUGACCAAGGCAUUCAGUAUUAAUAGCAGGUCCUGUUUUUUUAGUGAAUUGGAAGUUAUCAUUUUCCAGUGGUGUUGUUAAGGCUUGGAAAAAUUGCAAUGUUUUUAUAGGACAGAGAACCACGUGGCAUUAUUCCUUUGGAAAAUUUACAAGUUAGAGAAGUGCAAGAUGCACGGAGAAAGGUAACUUUUAAUAAUAACGUAAGCUUGUAGAAAUUAGUAGUAAGGCUUGUUUUAGUUAUAUAUUGAUACAGAAUUGACCUAAGAGGACUUGCUCUACAUAGGAUUUUUUUGUUUUUCUUUCAGUAUUGCUUCGAAAUAUAUUCAGCUGAUAAUUCCUCAGGGCUUAUAAAAGCUUGUAAAACAGACUCUGAAGGAAAAGUUGUAGAAGGUCAGAAGGUUUCUAUUAAUGGAAAAAAAUUGACUCCAAUUGUUGUGUGCAUUGACUGAGACAACUAUGACGAUGUACUGCAAAAAUAAUAAUAUUGAUAACUAAUAUUGUUCUUAAUAAUUACUACUAUUAUAAUAAUUACUAUUAAUACAGGAAUUUAAAAUUCUGAUUCCUGCUGAAGUCCCCUUUCAGUCCUGGUAGACCUCAUGUUUUGUGUACCUGAUAUGUACUACACUUGUAACUCAUUGCUAAAAUACUGCAGGACAUCAUGAUGUAUACCGUAUCUGUGCAUUCUCUGAGGAAGAAAGGGAAAUCUGGAUUGGUUGUAUCAAGUGAGUUAAACAUGUUUUUUUCAUAGCUUUUAUGAACUUUAACACCUUAAUAACUAAAACUGUGAAGGAAAAUGAAAAAAGUUUGAGAUAUAGGGUAGUUGAUGUAAGUUGACAGGAAGUGAGCAAAAAUUUUGUAUCAGGGAAACAUCUUUUAAUUUCAAUCUGGUGGAAAUGUGAGAAAACUUGUUCUCUCUAAUUUUGAGUUGAGUAAACUCUUGGUAUCAUUGAUCCUAAUCUUGAUCAAUCAGAAUUGUUUCCUAAAAAAUGAUAUUUACAGAAAUAUUUAUAACUCCACUGAUGUGCCAAUGAUGUUUGAGAAAAAUUAAGGUUUGAGGAUAGAUGAAUGGUUUCCAUUAGGGGGUUACAUUUGUUGCCUCUCUUUCCUUCUCAGGGAUAUUUUCUGACUGUUAAUAUGUUUCCUUCCAAAGUUAACCCAAGCACUUUAAACCCAGGAUUGUUUUUUUCCCCCCUCCCCCACAUACACACAUACCCCCCCUUACCCUGAGGAGAUAUUACAAGACUGAGUAUAUUCAACUGCAUUUGAUCACAGAUGAUGAAUUAUUUUUUUCCUUUUUUUUUUUUCUCAGGGCUAGUAUGAUCAUUGAUCCAUUCUACGACAUGCUUCAAGCCAGGAAAAAGAAAGUCACUCAAGCAGCAUUGAACUAAGGGUUCUUUUUGAUAAUUAUGUUGAUUAUCUUGAUUCCUUGUCAGCUGUAUAUCUUCUGUGAAAUGUGUCUUGAAGUGUACAUACAGUUCAACAUUAUUGUGCCUAACUGCCCAAAUGUAUUGACCUUGACCUAUUGAUGCCUUCUAAUGAUGAUCUAGGUUUAUAUUUCACUUUUCACUAGUUAAAUGGUAUAGUUCAAGAAAAUUCUUACAAUUUAUAACGUAACUUAUAUUUGAUGCCAUCCUAUUCAUCAUAUUGGCUUUUUUGAUAUGACUUUUUUUAAGUUUCCUCUUUUGCUUGUGGUCAAACAUUUAUUAUAAAAAGCAGUCUUAGCUGGAUACACCCAGAUUGUUAUUGCUUUUUGGUUUGUUUUUUUUAUAUAUACACAAAACUUUGUUUAUUUUGGAAGUUUAAGUUAUGGCUUUUUGUACUUUUGUAUUUAAGAAACAAAUGUUUGCCAUAUUUUUUGCAAAUGCUGUACAGUUGUGAAGCUCUGGCAUGUAAGUGGAUUAUAAUGCAAUAGAAAUCCAGCUUUUUUAUUAUUUGCAGAGCAAAUAAUAACAAAAAUAUGAUUCAGUCAUAAUACAUGAUUCAGUCAACAAUUUCCCCAUUACCAGAGAUUUCCAUACAUUUUUUUAAUCAUCUCAUAAAGGGAAACAUGUUAUUCACUCAUUGCAUGUGGUCUAUUGUUUCAUUACCUUGGUUCUUACCCUUUUCUGGAUGAAUUACAUGUUGAUCCCUUUAUUUGUCAGAAAUUGUUGUCCUAAGAGCAAUCACUCAGGAACACACUGGAACUUUUACUGCUGACUCUUAAAAGCAAUAGUAUGGGUGUUGAUUUAGAAAACAUGCUGUGGAAAAAGAAGGUGACUGUAAAAUUUGGUCACAAGUAUGACUGAUUGAUUGACAAACAGGUACAACUAGUAAAUAUAUAUGGAUGGAGAGUUUAAUUUACAUAGAGUAGUUAGUUUAAUAGACAUGCAAAAUAUGUGCAAAAUAGUAUUUCCCAAAAAGGGAGGGAAAAUAAUUGAAUACAGUCCCACAAAUGGAGUUUUAUUGCAAGGAAAAGCUUCCUGUCAGAAUCUGUAGUUUCAAUAUUGAUAGGGUCAUUCCCAAAAUGACGGGAGCUUCUGGUCCAAAAUGAGGAUUAGGGAAAGAUCUUUGAUAUGAAACUGCAAAUGAAACUCAUUUUAUUUAAUAGCUCUUCCCUUAGCUUAUGUUAGCAGGAAAAGUUUUUGAAACUUGAAAUGUUCAAUGGUUUUUUUUUUGUGUGUGUUUUCAGAGAAUGGAGCUACUUAGGUUGUCGAUUGGUUAUCAAUUUCAACUUUCAUAGAGAAAGUUACCCAGCACUCCAACACUUUUUUGUUGGAUUUGCCCUUUGGUUCAGUAAACAUAUCUUGACAAUCAGAGUAGACUAUUUGCUCAUUGCAGUACCUUUGAAGGGCAUGUUUCACAAUUUCUAGCCUUUACUUUUAGCAUUGGUUCUCAUAGGCGGCCUUCCACUGAACUGGCAAGCUUCUCUCUUAUAUUUGGGACAUUAAUUAUUCUUCAGAUUUAUAAAUAAGACUAUUAGGCAGGAAUCUUAGAGAAAUAGAGUGUACCGAAUAGUAUACUACACGAAACAAAAAAUGUGGUUUACGUAUUUCACCAACUUAGUGAAUAUGUAUUCAAAAGGCACCGUGAAAGGUUUUGUUUUGUUUAGUAAAAGAAAGAUGCCCUCAAAGAAUUUUUUGCUCAAUUCUUUACAUUUUUUAUGCUGAGAAAUAAAAAUUGAAAGCC